AUGGCUCAAACACUCCAGUUCACCAGCUACGAGCAUGAAGAUGCCUGGGACGUGAAUUGGCUGCGGGUGGAUGACACCCAUGAACUUUACUAUCAACAGUUUGGCAAGAAAGACGGAAAGCCUGUCAUCUACCUCCAUGGUGGGCCUGGCGGGAACUGCUCCAAAACCAACACCGUCUUCUUCAACCCCUCUGAAUACCGAGUGGUUCUGCUCGACCAGCGAGGCUGUGGUCAAUCGCGCCCUAAUGCCAGUACAACAGACAACACUACUUGGCAUCUCGUCGAAGACAUCGAAAAGCUGCGCAAGCAUCUGAAGUUUUCCAAAUGGCACAUGGUCUUUGGUGGCUCCUGGGGAUCCACACUCGCUCUAGCAUAUGCGCAAACACACCCCGAUAGUGUAGGUAGUCUAGUCCUGCGCGGCAUCUUCACCGUGCGAGACAUCGAACUCAAGUGGACCAACCAUGCAGGCGGCGCGCAAAUGCUGUUUCCCGACCGCUGGGAGGACUUUAUCAAGUUUUUACCAGAGGAAGAACGUUCCGAUCACAUCGGCAACUACCACAAACGCCUCAUGUCUUCGGACUCGUCUAUCAGUCAUCCCGCGGCUGAGGCGUGGAACACGUGGGAGCUAUCAAUCAGCACCCUGUAUCCUGACCCGCACGCGUACAAGAAACUGAAAGAACCAGCCUAUCUCCUCGCACAUGCUAGGAUGGAGAUCCACUACUUCAUCAACAAAGCAUGGAUGGAAGACGGGCAGCUGCUGAGGAAGGAGAACGUGGACCGGAUCCGGAACAUUCCGACGACCAUCGUGCAGGGCAGGUACGAUGUUGUCUGCCCGCCGGUUACAGCGUGGGAGUUGUACAAGCAGUGGCCGGAGAGCAAAUUGCACUUCAUCGACGACGCUGGGCACAGUGUUAUGGAGCCCGGGACGAGAAGGAAACUGCCUGCUAAAGCCCAGAAGACUGCUGGGGCCCGCGCAAACGUCGCACGCAGUACCAGCAGUCUUCAUUCUAUAUAUCUCUCUGCCGCGUCGUUCCCCUUCCACAUCCCAGAAGGACCGCCGUCCGAACCAGUCCCAAGCAGCGACAUAACCCUCAACGCCCUCGUCCAGCAUGGCGUGCACAAGAUGGACUGCGAUCGCGCAUUCCUUUCGCUCAUUGAUAAUCGAAAUCAAUUCAUAUGCGCAGAGAUGACGAGGCACCAGUCGCUUUCGAGUGCAGACCCGGCCGAGCCGCUCUUGCUGGGUACUUCCCGAAUCGCCCUAGAAUGGGGCGUCUGCCCAUUCACUAUGUGCAUCUUCCAGGGCAAACCAGUCCCUAUGCCGGAAAGUCCCUAUAUCAUUGCCGACAAGUCGUAUUUCUGCAUAAAAGACUUUCGCCAGGUUCCCACAUUUGCCGAGCGCCCGUUCGUGGCUGGCUACCCGCACAUGGUUUCAUACCUCGAGAUACCGCUGUUUGCAAUGUCUGGGCACAUAUUGGGCAGCUACUGUGUUGUUGACACUAAAGAACGGGACUUUCUGCAUCCCAAGUCUCUGAGCACUCUUCGCGAAACUACCUCGGCUAUCAGUGCAUACCUCGAUAUGCGACGCGCCGAAGCUUGUAAGUCUCGAUCUGCUGAGAUGAUGCAAGGUCUUCGCCGCUUCGUAGCUUCAGAUGACAUGGUUCCAAGGUCUGUGGCCCCUGUGCGCCCUGGAGCUCACACAAGCCAAUUUGACCUAGAUGUUUUUGGCGCCGCCUCGCGAAGAAAACCUGACAAGAAGUUGUCCGACGGUACGAAUGCAAGCGUCACCAUGUCAGACCAUGUCCAGUCAUUGCCUGUUUGCGAUACAUCUGUUAUCGUUUCGCCCCAAGAUAAUGUCUCGAAACGGGUCAAAUCUGACUUUGCUACUCAAGUCGACACUCUCUUCAUGAGAGCCGCAGAUAGUAUUGGCGAUGCUAUGGGUCUGGAUGGCCUAGUCUUCUUUGACACUGUUUCAACUGGCGCCCGAAACAAAGGUUGCCAGGUACGAGACAUGUCUCCUGACAAUACAUCUUCGCCAACAUGCGAUCUCUUUGCGGUACCUCUGUCCUAUUACCACAGAGAUAACGCCCUCGGAAAGCUGAAAUUGCGUCAGUCGCUCAUCCAGCGCUUGACUGCCAAGUACCCUCGAGGGCAUGUCUUCGCAGUCGAUGAACAUGGGGUCUUCCAACACGAUUGCGAUGACGAACUUGACUCUGGUGCGGAUGACAGAUGGAAUGACCUCUUCAGUUUAUUGCCAAAGACCCGCUACGUAAUAUUCCUACCUAUGUUUCACUACUCAAGAGAAGCUUGCUACUCUACCUGCCUAGCCUGGGUAUCUGACACCGGCAAAACACUUGAUACUGGCGAUGUCAAUUCAUUGACAGCUUUCGGUAACUCACUGAUGGCUGAGGUCUUUCGCUUAGAAGCAUGCGAAAAUACACUUUCCAAGUCGGAUUUUGUUUCGACCAUCAGUCACGAGUUACGAAGUCCCUUGCAUGGCAUAUUGGCCAGCAUUGAGCUGAUCCAAGAAAACUGCCAGGGAUCUGGUUUGAUGUCGGAGAUCUCCAUGAUUGAGUCUUGUGCGGUUACUCUUCUCGAUACAUUUGACCAUCUGUUGGAAUAUUCCAAAGUGAAUAGCCGCGCCAGCGUUGGACAAAGAGGCGGAAAUGGAGAUCCUCGUUCUACCACCCACGUUCAUCACGGUGCAGUAGCUGUCGACUUGGCUUCUAUGGUCGAAGAUGUCAUUGGGACUGUUUCCGUAGGUCAUGACCAUUCUUCGCGCCUCUCUUCUGGACUGAAUAAAGAGCGUCAAGAUUUGUUGGCUGGAUCGCCCGCAACGGCACAAACCGAGCCUGUCGUCGUCACCACACACAUUGAAAAGGCCCGUGAUUGGACCUUUGUCAUUGACAAGGGUGCUUGGAAGCGCAUUUUACUUAAUGUCGUCAGCAACGCAUUGAAGUAUACCAAGUCGGGCUACAUUCACGUAGGUCUAGCAUUUUUGGAGGCUGCCGAUGACAGUCAGUCACAAAUCAGUCUUUCUGUGACCGACACGGGUGUAGGCAUGAGUGAGGAUUUCCUCAAGUACCAUCUCUUUACACCCUUCACUCAGGAGAAUCUACUAAGUCCAGGAACUGGGCUAGGUUUGAGCUUAGUGAAGAGCAUCGUGGAGUCACUACACGGAACUAUAUCAGUCUCCAGUCGUUUGGGCAAGGGAACGAAGAUCAUCAUCAACAUUCCGGCUAGUCAAACGACGCAGAGACCAAAUGCGCCACGUGGCGAGAACGUCUCAUCUCACGAAUGCUUACGCGGAAAGGCAAUCGGUAUGCUCAGUCUCUCUCUACCCGAAGAGCAAGGCAAAGAAUUUGCAAUCUCUAUCGAUUCUCCUCCCGAAGCGCUGGAGCGGGCCGUCCAAAAUAUCUGCGAGGAUCGCUUCGGCAUGAGGUUCACCCCUGUUUCCACAGACACACUUCAAGUUCUGGAUGUACUCCUCAUCGAUCACCAUGCCCUCUCUUCGACACCCACGUACGACUUGAAAACUUUGUUCCCUACGUAUACGGGAGGGACUUACCCGGUCAUGGUCGACCUGCGCAAUAUUAAAGGCGCACCUCCCGAAUCUGGCACUAGCAAGCCCAUGCACACAGUACUAGUCACUGCAAACUCGCUCGGACCUGCACUCAUCUCGGCCAUGAAGGAUGCCACUGCCAAGGAGAUGGCAAACCCGGCGCCGUCCAUAGAAGUGAGAAGCAGACCUGACAUGGAGCCAACAGAGCAAUUAGAACAUGCCGACACAAUCCAAGAGCCAGACCCACAAACCAAAGUACUUCCACACCGCAGCUCAUCGUUGCAGCGUGUGACACUAGCCGACGCCGCCACAAGUCCUGCUCUACAAGCACCAUUGCCAACACAACCAUCUACCCCGCUUACAAGCAGCCCAACAUGCCGAUUUCGUCGUCUGCUAUUGGUAGACGAUAACCCCAUAAAUCUAAAAAUGCUUUGCGCCUUUGCAAAACGCCUCGGCGUACCAUAUUCCAGUGCCACCGACGGCGCAGAAGCGGUGCGUCUCUAUCAAACAGCCACUGAGCAAGGGGACGCAAAAGCAAACUAUGACUGCAUUUUCAUGGACAUCAGCAUGCCAGUCAUGGAUGGCUUCCAGGCCGUAUCAAAGAUUCGUGGAAUCGAACACGGUUUGAUGGAAAAAGGCAUACCAAGACAGUCCGAUGACGCUGCGAGACAUGGUCUAGAUGGUACUCUAGAGGAUGAGAGAGGUACCCGGGCGUACAUCUUCGCAUUAACGGGUCUUGGUAGCGAGAAAGCGCGAAAGCAAGCGAAGAAUAGCGGUUUUGACGAGUUCCUUCUCAAGCCAGUGAGGUUCAAAGACGUCCUACCGUUGUUGGCACGUCUGCCGACUGCAUGA